AUGAAAGUAGAUCAACCAAGUUCUGAGAAAUCCAGCUUCAAUUUUGAUGAUAAAAUGAUAGGUCGAAAUUCAAGCAAUAAUAUCGAUAAUAUGGAUCUGGAAUAUUUGGAUACUGCAAAUUCUACUGCAACUCAAGAUUUUAAAGCCAGUGCAUCUAAUGUUUUUUAUGAUAAUUUUCCUCCUCAAACUAUAAAAGUUAAUGCUGCAGUUCAAGUCAAGAUAAGAAGUUUGUAUAGGAGUACACAAAUUCAGUGUAAACCUCAAACAAAAGACCGUGCAACUUCUCCCAUUAAAAUAUUCUCUGGAGUAAAAAAUUUGGAUGACUCAUGUUCUUCAUCAAUUAGUAAUAAUCAAGUAAUGAACACAUCAAAUACAACAGUAAGUUCAUUCCCAACUUCUUCAGAUAACCUUUUGUCGACAAAUCCAACAGAUGAUUUUGGGAUGUCUACUUCUAAUGUAAGUCGUACAUUUACUAAGACCUUGCCAAUCAUAACUGAGUAUUUAAAAGACUUCAUUAUUUGGCCUUCAUCUGCAAAAAUUAAACAACAAUUGCCAAUGAGUUUCAGGAGUCGUUAUGCCGCAGUUGAAUCGAUCAUUGAUUGUUUGGAAAUUGAAAUUGAAAAGCUAACAGACCCAGUUAAACAAUCAUUGACAUGGUCAGAAUACAAAAAAUGUAAUACUGUGAAAUAUUUAGUAUCUUGUAUUCCAGAUGGUAUAGUUAAUUUCAUAUCACCAGGUUAUGGUGGUAGAGCAUCUGAUGCAGAAAUAGUUUCAAACUCUGGAUACUUGGAUUAUUUAAAGCCAGGUGCAGCUGUAUUAGCAGAUAGAGGUUUCAAACAUAUUGAAAAUUUAGUAGUUGCGAAAAAAUGUACAUUGAUUAGACCUCCUACAGUAAGCUCUAAUAAGCAACCAACUCAUGAUGAAGUCAUUGCGACGAAACGAAUCGCUAGCCUUCGAAUUCACAUUGAAAGGUUAAUAAGAAGAAUCAGAGAAUUUCAUAUUUGUGAACUUCAUUCAUGUGUUAAUGUUAAAUUGAUUCCGCAAAUGGAUAAUAUUAUCACGAUUGUCGCUGCUUUAACUAAUUUACAAGGACCACUGAUAAAAAAAACAUAA